AUGGCCUCCAGUAAUUUUGCAAUAGGAAUGAUCUUUUUAUUCCAGACCAUAGUGGGAAUCCUGGGGAAUUUCUUUCUUCUAUACCAUUAUACUUAUUUAGAACUCACCAGAUACACAGUAAGGCCCACAGAUUUGAUUCUUAGGCACCUGACUGUAGCCAACUCCUUGGUCCUGCUCUCUAAGGGAGUUCCACAGACAAUGGCUGCUUUUGGGUUGAAACAUUUCCUCAAUGAUAUUGGAUGCAAACUUGUUUUUUAUGUUCACAGAGUGGGCAGGGGUGUGUGCAUUGGCAACACCUGUCUCUUGAGUAUCUUCCAGGCCAUCACGAUCAGUCCCACGAACUCCUGGUGGGCAGAACUGAAACUUCAAACUCAUAAAUUCUUAGGCCCCUCCAAUGUCCUGUGCUGGAUCCUGAACCUGCUAGUAAGUAUCAUCAUUCCUAUGCGUGUGACUCAUAAGUGGAUCAACAAAAACAACACAAGAAAAAUGGAUUUGGGAUACUGUUAUGGGGUAGUUGACCACAGAAUCACACAUAUAUUACACAAUAUAUUAUUAUCCUAUGAUGUAUCUUGUGUGGGACUCAUGAUCUGGGCGAGUGGCUCCAUGGUUUUCAUCCUGUAUAGGCAUCAGCAGAGGGUCCAACACAUUCACAGCACCAACCUGUCCCCCAGAUCCUCCCCAGAGUCCAAAGUCACCCAGAACAUCUUAGUCCUAGUGAUCACUUUUGUAUCAUUUUACACCAGCUCCCACAUCCUGAUAUUGUAUACGGUUCUUUUUCAUCGUCCUAGUUGGUGGCUGGUGAGCACCUCAGCACUGAUCACAGCUUGUUUUCCAACAGUCAACCCCUUUGUUCUUAUGAUCCGUGACCACAGGAUCCUUAGGGUCAGUUCUGCCUGCCUCAGAAGGAGUGCACCACUCCAUACUCUGUUCACAUAG